AUGGAUGAAGCUGAGCAGGACCAGUAUGAAGCUCGCCUCAAGGAGCUCUUCGACAGCUUUGACAGCACGGGCACGGGGUCGCUGGGGCAGGAGGAGCUCACUGACCUCUGCCACAUGCUGCACCUAGAGGAGGUGGCCCCCGCGCUGCAGCAGACCCUGCUCCAAGGCAACCUCCUAGGCAGGGUCCACUUUGACCAAUUUAAAGAAGCACUUAUCCUCAUCUUAUCCAGAACCCUCUCAAAUGAAGAGCACUUCCAAGAAACAGAUUCUUCCCCAGAAGCCCAGCCCAAGUACAUCAAAGGUGGCAAACGCUAUGGCCGGCGGUCCCUGCCCGAGUUCCAGCAGUCAGUGGAGGACUUUGCCGAGGUGACCGUCAUCGAGCCGCUGAGUGAGGAGGUGCAUCCCCCGCACAUCGCCCCCAGCACGGAGCACUGGAAGACGCAAGACAGCGAGGAGUACGAGGCCGAGGGGCAGCUGCGCUUCUGGAACCCAGAUGACCUGAACGCCUCCCCCGCAGCAGCGCUGCCCACCCUGGACUGGAUAGAGGAGAAGCUGCAGGAGGUCUGCAACCACCUUGGCAUCACCAGGGAUGGCCACUUGAACCGCAAAAAGCUCAUCUCCAUUUGCGAGCAGUAUGGGCUCCAGACAGCGGCUGGGGAGGUGCUGGAAGAGGUGCUCCAUAACCUGGAGCAAGAUGGCACCAUGAGCAUAGAGGACUUCUUCUACAGCUUGUUGAAAAACGGGAAGUCGCUGACGCCCUCAGCGUCCACCCCGUACCGACAGCUGAAAAGACACCUCUCCAUGCAGUCUUUCGACGAGAGCGGGAGGCGCACGACCACUCCCUCGGCCAUGCCCAGCACCGUCGGCUUCUGCCUCUUCUCCAGCCUGGAUGAUGGCAUGGGCUAUGGUUGCGUGGAGGGCAUCCUCGACUGCUGGCACCAGGAGGGCAUAGAGAACAGCCAGGACAUCCUCAAGGCUCUGGAUUUCAGCUUGGAUGGGAAGGUGAACCUGACAGAGCUGACGCUGGCGCUAGAAAACGAGCUUUUAAUAACCAAAAAUGGAGUCGUCCAAGCAGCCCUGGCAAGCUUCAAAACGGAGAUCAGACACUUGCUGGAGAGGGUUGACCAAGUGGCAAGAGAGAAGGAGAAGCUGCGGUCGGACUUGGAAAAAGCCGAAAAGCUGAAAUCCCUGAUGGCCUCCGAAGUAGAUGACCACCAUGCUGCAAUUGAGCGCCGAAACGAGUACAACCUCAGGAAGCUGGAUGAGGAGUACAAGGAGCGAAUCGCAGCUUUAAAGAACGAGCUCCGGAGAGAGCGGGAGCAAAUCCUGCAGCAGGCAAAUAAACAGCGGCUGGAGCUGGAGCAGGAGAUAGAAAAGCUGAAGACAGAUGAGAACUACAUGCGGGACCGCCUCACCCUUUCCCUGAAGGAAAACAGCCGUCUGGAAAGUGAGCUCUUGGAAACGGGGGAAAAACUGGUGGAGUAUGAAAGUUUGGCAAGCAAACUGCAGAGGAACUUGGAAAACGUCCUGGCUGAGAAGUUUGGUGACCUGGACCCCAGCAGCGCGGAGUUUUUCCUGCAGGAGGAGAGGCUGGCGCAGAUGAGAAGCGAAUACGAGCGGCAGUGCAGGGAGCUGCAGGACCAAAUAGAUGAGCUGCACUCGGAGCUGGAGGAGUACCGUGCCCAGGAUAAAGUGCUCAGGCCCUCGCUGAAAAAUUCGCUGUCAGAAGAGUUCGACAUCGACAUGAAAAGCCAUGGCAAUAAUGGCAUCGAGCCUGACCAAGGACUUGGUUCGGAAGACUGCAACCCAUUAAAUAUGAGCAUAGAGGCAGAAAUGGCUAUUGAACAAAUGAAGGAGCAGCAUCACAGGGAUCUACAUCAGCUCAAACAGGAACUUGAAGACACAGUGAGCCACUACGAAAAGCAGCUAGAUGAGACGAAAGUCCACUGUGAAAAGGAGCAAGAGGAUCUGAGGAAGAAGUACACCGAAGAGAUGCAUGCCAUGGAAAAGCAAAUAACUGGCCUUAAAACUCAAAUUGCAGACCUGCAAGGCGAGACAGCAGUGCUCAGAGAACAGCAAGAAAAGCUGGAUUGUAAAUAUAAUGAGGAGAAAAACCAAUUACAAUUGCGCUUCGAUGAGGAAAAAGCCAACCUGCAAGAACUACUGAGGCAGGAGCACGAAGAAGAUGUUCGAGCCAGACUGGAGCAGGUAAAUGAGAAGUUCAGCCAAGAACGGGAAGAACUGAUUCAAAACGGUGUCUGGCUGGAAGAAAAGAUGAGGGUUUUAGUGCAGAGGCUGCAGAAGGAGAAGGGAGAGCUGGAGCGAGGCUUUCACGAGCAGCUGAAGCAGAUAGCGGAGGUCCAUGCCCUGGAGAAGGAGGAGCUGCACCAAGAGCUGCUGAGGAAGCACGAGCAGGACCUGGAGGAGGAAAGGAGAAAAAUGGAAAGUGACUAUAAGAGAAGAGCAUCUCAUGCAGAAACGCAGUUUUCUGUCGACACACAAACACUUGUGAAUAAAUACGAAGAAACGAUCCGAAAUCUGGAAGGCCGUUACCAGCGAGAGUUGCAUGAACUCGCUGAACAGCAGAGAGAGGAGAAAUCUCAGUGGGAGUUUGAAAAGGAUGAGAUCGCUCAGGAGGUUGCUGAAGCUCAUGAGCAGCUGAAGGAAAGUCUGGCAAAUGAAAAGGCAGUUUCUUCUGCUCUGACCCAAGAGAAAGAUCUCCUGGAGAAGAGCUUCAAGGAAGAGGUGAACAAGCUGAUGUGCGAGAGGGAGCAGCUUCAGAGGGAGCUGCGGGAGCUGAGGAAUGCUGCUGAGACACAAGAGAGAAAGCUGAACGAUAGAAUAACACAACUUCAAAACGACCACAGGAAAGAGCUACAGAACAAAGAAGAGCGCAUAUCCAUGGUGGAGGAAAAUGGGAAGCUGGUCAGGCAAAAGCUGGAGAGGCUUGACAGUGAAUAUAAGCAAGAGAAAGAAGAACUCAAUUCCAAACUCCUUGCUUUGGAGAGCUUAAACAAAGAUAUUUGUGUAAGAGCAGAAUCAGAAAAGGCUGAGAUGAGUCUGGAAAUCUCAAACCUUCAAGAGAUAAUACAGAAAUUGCAGUGGGAAACCCAGAGCUUUUCCGUACUACAAAGUCAUUAUAGGGUCCUGGAAAAUGAGUAUGCGAAAGCAAAGAGCAAAAUUGCCUCUUUCUCUGGCACAGCACCCCUGGGAGAUGACGCGGAUGUCUUCUUAAACCUGCAGAAAGUGCACGAGCAAGCAGUGAAGGAGAACGUCAGGAUGGCUGCCGAGAUCGCCAGGCUGCAGCACAGGCUGCGUGCUGUGGAGCGGGAGCUACCUCCCAGUCCUGGCUGCUCUGAUGCCAUCUCCGAACCGCCUCAGCUGCCAGAUGAGGUAGAUCCCAUUUUUGAAGGGUUGCUCAGCGAUUGCAGAGAGGCAGAGAAGGGGACAGGUUCAGAUGUUCUUCAGCUUGUGGAGGCUGAUGCUACAGAUCUCGGAAAAAUAAGUGAGGUUGAUUCAGAUUUGGAGAAUGCACGUGUUGAAGCCAGAGCAGAUGGCCGCAUGCUCACGGUGCCCGUGGGUCGGAUGCAAGGAAGUGAAGCAGCACUGGGAGCUGCUGGCAGUCAGGACUGUGGCAAGAGUGAGGAGCUGCUUUCCUGGGUGCCUCCCCUGCAAAAAAGGGGAGAUUUUGAGAAAACUCCUGCGAGAGAUCCCAGACCGAAAAUGUUACGCAAUGAUAUUAAACAGCAGAAAGUUCACCUGCUAAAUCAUAGCAUAACUCCCAAAAAUAAAGGGCUUGUUUCUGAUGCUUUGGAGCUGCAGGUUGAGCUUGAGAAGGCUGAAGAACUGAGUGAAGACUCUCUCCAGCUUGACCAUGCUCCUGGGUCCACAAAUGGUGACCUGAAAAGUGUAAUAGCUCAGCUUUGGAAAAGGGUCAAAGAGUUAGAGGACGGAUCAAUGGCACAGGCUAAACUUCUGGCACUGCAAGAAGAAAUUCAGGCAGAAAAUGAGGAUCUGAAAUGUGAAAUGAUUGAGUUAGUAGAAAAAAAUCAAGUGCUAGAAGACAACCUGCAUAAGCUGAGAAGUCUUCACUGCAAGCUAGAAGAAAGCAAACUUGAAAGUAUUAAGCUCAGAGAGGAAAACGCACAGCUCCUCCAAAAAGUUAAAGAAUUGGAAGAUGCCCAAGAACAAGAUGAUGCGUACAGGGACAAGUUAAGGCUGCGAUGGCAGCUUGGGAAGCUGGAAGAACAUGCUGCUGCGUUUACAGUUCAAGACAAACGUGCCCAAAGCAAAAGCACGGUGAAAGAAAUGUCACUGGAAAAGGAGCUGCAAGAGCCCAGCAGAAAGCUGAGGGAGAAAGCUGCUGCUCCGGUUCACCCCACCGACAUGUAUUUCCUCCAAGGGAGAGAGGAGAGGAAUAUGGUGACACACGGCUUACAGAGCACGUGCACGGAGCUGCAGCUGAAAGUUGAUCAUCUGAGGUCCGAAGCCGAGAAGCUCAGAGAAGAAAAUGCUAUUCUGAAAAAUGAAGUGACUUUGUUAAAUGAGGAAGGCAGCGCCUCCAGCCUGAAACUGAGGGAGCUGAAUGGAUCCCGAGAAGAAAUGCGGCAAAAGAUAGAGUCUGUGAGGAAGGAGAAAGUGGCUGUACAGAAGAUGGUUGACAACCUGAAAAAGCAGGUAGCAGAUCUGAAGACCAGGAACCAGCAGCUGGACUCUGAAAAUACAGAACUCAGCCAGAGGAACUCCAAAAAUCAAGCAGAUGUGCAGGACCUUAACCAACAGCUGGUGAGGGUGCUGAAGCAAAAGGAAAGGGAAGUGGGAAAGUGCACCCUGGAAGAAUGGGAAAAGGAGAGGCUGGUACUGAAAGAGGAACUGGAAAACUCCAAAGUAAAGUCAUCAAAUAUGGUGUCUUCCUUGGAGAUGGAGCUGUCAAAACUGAAGGUUCAGGCUCAUAUGUUGGAGCAGGAGAACCACAUCCUCAAACAAGAACUUGAGAAGACAAAACAGCUGCCCAGAUGUCCUGAUCUCUCCGACCUUCAAAACGAAGUUUCGAGCCUAAUCACUAAAAAUGAAAAGCUGCAGAAAGAAAAAGAAGCCCUGAGUGAGGAAUUAAACAGAUGUAUUGAUAAGGUAGCUCAAGUAAGCUGCUUAGAGAGUGCAAUUGGCAGCUUGAAGCAGGAGCAGAAGUGCUGGGAACAGCAGAGUCAGGCACUGAAAACACAGCUCGCCGUUUCACAAGAAAAGGUUCAGAGCCUGGAUGAGACGCUGCAAAAUGCCAACCUUCAGAUGUCCCGGCUAAAAUCGGAUUUACGGGUAACGCAACAGGAGAAGGAAACUCUGAAACAAGAAGUGGUGUCUUUACACAAGCAACUGCAGAACGCCCAUGAAAAGAAUCGGGUUCUAGAACGGGCUGUGCCUUCCCCAGGGCUGCAGGACCAACACGGGCAACUGCACUGGGACGAACUGGACCAGCUGAGGAAGCAGGAGCAGCAGCUGCUCAGGCAGGAGAAUGAGAGGCUUCAGAGAGAGGUGCAGAGCACUAAAACGGACCUGACCCACUCCCGGGAGAAGAUCCGACAGCUGGAAUCUACUGUCCUUUCCCUCAAGCACCAAAAGCACCAAAGCCAGGCAGGUAUCGUCAAAGCCAUAGAGCAAGAGAAAUUAAGCUUGAAGAGAGAGUGUGAACAGCUUCAGAAGGAGUUGUCGUCUGCAAACAGGAAGAUCAGUCAGAUGAAUUCUCUUGAACGUGAACUGGAAACCAGCUCAGAAAAUGAAGGGCUAAGAAAAAAGCAAGUCAAACUGGAUGAUCAGUUAAUGGAGAUGCUCCACACCAGCGGCAGUGUGAUGCUUAGCCAGCCAGCGCACGGCCGGGAGCUCCCGCAGCAAGGCUGUGCCGUGGUGCCCAAGGAGCAGCUCUUGCAGCUCCAACACCAGCUGCUGCAGGCGGAGAGGAGGAAUCAGCGUCUUCAGGAAGAGCUGGAGAGCAGACCCUUGGAAACAAACAUGCAACAGGGGGGUCAUGAGCAGCUUCUAAAAAUGAUGGAAGAACGUAUGAUGGAUGUUGAGCAGAAACUAAGGCUUGUGAAGAGGCUUCUCCAAGAUAAAGUAAAUCAGCUGAAAGAACAACUUUGCAAGAACACCAAAGCAGACGUGAUGGUCAAGGAUCUCUAUGUGGAGAACGCACAACUGCUGAAGGCUUUGGAGAUGACAGAGCAGCGGCAGAAAUCUGCUGAAAGGAAGAACUAUUUACUAGAGGAAAAAAUCGCCAACCUCAAUAGAAUAGUAAAGAACCUGGCAUCCCCCUCAUUUCAUUCAGCAUCCGAGAUAAGGUCAUAG